AUGCCAAGAAAUGUAACAAGAAACUACAUUUGUUCUUAUAAACAGAGUGGAGAGAGCAAUUACUGGGAAAUCAGACAUCCAGAGCACAGUUGCUUAGAUUUUGAAGGAAUUAUUGAAGAAGAAUAUCAGGAUAAUGAUUCAGAAGACAUUUCAGACGUUCAAACUUUGAUGAUUGCGGUGGAGGGCAAAUGUUAUCCUAUCGAAGAGCACUCAACCUUAUUUUAUCCACUAAACAUGGAGUACAUUGCUGGUGUGGCAAAUGGAAACUGCUCUGGUCGGCAAGCCUUAGGACAAAAACUUUUGAAGGACAUACCUUUUUGGAACGAAAACGCGACCGUAGCAGCGAAACGAAGGCGAAUAUGGGUGAACUUCAUUCGACGCAGAAGAGACAAAUGGACGCCAACACCCUCAUCAGUUGUUUGCUCAAAGCACUUCACGAACGACUGUUUCGAGUACGGUUCUGCUACAGUUUCAAAGUAUAAGACCCCUAGACUAAAAAGGGAUGAGUUGGGAGUUUCUGUGUACCCUACAUUGCAAGCAAAUCAAAUUUUGGGCAGCACAGAAAGUGAACGCACAAAACGCAUGAAGCGAAGAGAGACUAUAACAGAAUCGCCAACAACUUCGUCAAAAAUUUCUGGCGUAACUGAUGAAUUGAAAGCUACGACGGAAAGUGUUGUCUUCCCGACGGAUGUUAUGGAACACGAAUCAAUGAUUGGGGCAUCACCACAGUCACCACACAAGUGCAGAAAUUGUGAUUUGUUAAAGAAGGAAAACAAGCGAAUCCGUAACUGUUGGGAAACAUCAAAACAAAAGCUGGCAGGUGUGAGAAAAGAAUUGGAUAUUCUUAGGGGUGCAACAGGUGUAAGUAGUGAUGAUGAUGAGGAAGUUGAGAGCAAUGAUGAGGAAGAUCACAAAUCUGAAGAUGAGACAGAGGGGCCUUCUGAUGAUAUGUAUGAAGAUGCAGAAAUUGAGACAGAGACAGAUACAGCAGAUACUGAUACUGAUGAAGACAUUAAUGUGCCUUCACAUAGGUAAGAAAAUGCAGGUCAACUGUUCUCUAAUUUUUGCAAAUCAUUAUUUGACAGGAAAUCUGCACUCAUGUGUAAAUUAACAAGUCUUGUUGUAAUCCGAACUUUUUUACUGCCACCAUUUUAGUUUUGACAA